ACUCACAGAUCUCGUAGGUAUGCCGCCGGAAGGGACAACUUCUUCCAUGGUAUAAGAUCCGAAGCAGCUUCCCGUUUGUUGUGCUCCUAUUUCCAUUCUCAUCAUCAUCACACAUCAACAGCAACACAACAGAGCCUCUCAACUCAACCAUCUACUACAUCCAUUUGUACAGGGCCAUUGCACAACCGCCUCAUUCCCCUCAAACCAACCAGCAAGGUGUCUACCUGACUUUCUCCCACACACAAUCCUCCUUUCAAAACCCAAUAUGUCUCCCGCCUUCGCCGCCCGCAACGCUGCUCGCUUCGCUGUCCAGCGCAGACAAUUCACUCUCCUCCACAACAUGCGCCAAGUGGCUCGCUCCUUUGAGCCCCACCCCUUCCAGAGGAUGUCCCAGAGCGGCGAGCACGCAAAGCCCUACUACGGUGCCAUGAUCAAGAAGCGUCUCGGUACAGCAUCAAUCUUCUUCCCUACUGCCAUCGUCAUCCUUGGCUGGCCCUACGUCAGCUACAAGCUCUGUGACGGCAGCAUCUGAGCAGCCUUCUUGGAUGCCGUUCGACCACAUAGUUGGCAACAAUGAAACAGGAGUCGGAAGCUAGAUUUGUUGAUUUUGGUCAUACCACGGAUAUACAUGUACAUAUCUCAAGCAUCUCAAGGCGUUCGGGGGCUGCUUGGAGACAUCAUCGGCAGAAGUCCACAUGGAUUGGAGCAUGCAUAAUUUACUUUGUUCAAAAAAACCCAGAGAAAAAUCGUAAACAAUACGCAUAAUGAUGAAACCCUUUCGAAGAAAACCUCGAACAAUAUCAGCAAUCCAUCCGUCGAACCCCUUAGUUGUAGCUUUACCCU